AUGAGCAAAUGUGCUUCUGGAGUAGAAAAUAUUGAAUAUUUGGGGCAUAGAGUGUCUCGCCUGGGGGUGCAGGCAGAUGGCAAGAAGAUUGAAGCAAUGAUGUCAUGGCCAAGUCCUAAAUCGGUCAAGCAGCUUAGGGGUUUCCUAGGCUUAACAGGAUACUAUCGUCGAUUUGUAAGGCAGUAUGCUACCCUUGCUGCCCCAUUAACCGAUCUAUUGAAACAAGGAGCUUUCAAAUGGUCUGCAGAAGCACAAUUGGCAUUUGAUCAAUUGAAAUUAGCUAUGUCCAGUACUCCUAUUUUAACAUUACCGGAUUUUCAAAUACCAUUUGUUUUGGAAACUGAUGCUUCUAACACAGAUGAACCAAAUGCGCUGAUUGAGGCAAUUGGAUCAACCUUAAUUGACCAACCUUUGGAGCAAGCAAUGGAGAUGGAUUAG